AUGGCUGUAGAAGACUGGGUGAAUUCCGUAAUCAGAGCCAUUAUGUGUCUGAUUGGAAUCAUUGGUAACAACUGGCUGUGCAUUACCUCCCUGCCUAAACCUAAUUCUCAGCUCCGAACUAAUGACCUUCUAUUUAUAAACUUGGGUGUAUCCAACCUGCUCACUAAUUACCUCGUGGACGUCUUCUACAUUAUCCAACCUGGUGGGUUUUUAGCUGUGGGUAGAGUGUACUGCAUCUUUCAACUUUUCCUGCCUAAAUUCUCAGAGACCAGCAGCAUCUUGACGACGAUCUUCAUCACUCUGUACUGGCAUCAGAAGCUCGUGGGCUCUCUGAAACGUGGAGGAGCUCCUGUACUCAUGGACAACCUCCACUUUACCGCCGCACUGCUGACAGGAAGCUGGAUCUUUGCAUUUGUCGUCAACAUUCCUCAUUUUUUCAUAAUUCUUGGACAAAAUGAGAACGCUACUACUACACAAUGCAUCGAAAAGCAACAACUGCAGGGCUAUAAGGUGACGUACACCAUACUUGUGAAUUUCUUUCCACUCAUGGGCAUUGUCUACGCAAGCGUGCAGAUCACAGUCACACUCCUGCGGAAUGAAAAGCGAAUGAGGAAAAUGAGCACAGCAGUCCAAAACGAAGGAAAGACCUCAGUCGAGAAAAACGGAGACAAGGCUAAUGGUAUAUCUACGGUUACCAAGUCCAAAUCAAAGCCGCAAGGCAAAUCAGGAAGUCUGCUGAGGGCCGCCAAGAGUGUGGUAGUAGUAGCUGUGUUUUUUUUUAUUUGCUGGCUGGUUAACCUUCAUGUCAGUUUUGUCAGUUCUGUCUCAGAAAGCACUCUGUUACAUGACCUGGAAAGCUUCGUAGGUGCAUCCUAUACAUGCGUCAUUCCUUAUAUUUAUCUGUACGGUAUUCAAAAGCUGACCUGCUCCAGAUAA